GAAGUGUUGGAAACAAAGUUGCUGCUUUAUUCGGAUGUUUUACAUCACGCGUUUUUUACGGUGAUUUUUUGAUCUACUGUAAAUGUAUGAAUACUGUGUUUUAAUUAUUGAUUACUAAUAUUGUCACAUCAAGGAUAUUUUUUAUGGCUGGAAAAAAGAAGGAAAUUAGUUUACAGGUGUCCAUCAUAAACGACGAGCAAUGGGGCGAGAUGCUGGCCACGACAGGGUUAACAGUGGUGGACGUGUUCCAGCAGUGGUGUGGACCGUGUCGUGCCGUUGUCAGCCUGUUCAGAAAAAUCAAAAAUGAGUUGGGAGAUGACCUGCUGCAUUUUGCCAUAGCAGAAGCUGACAGCAUUGAUGCAGUAGAGAAAUACAGAGGAAAAUGUGAGCCAACCUUCCUGUUCUAUGCUGGUGGGGAGCUUGUGGCUGUGUUGCGAGGGGCGAAUGCUCCUCUUCUGCAGAAGAUGAUAGUGGAGGAACUGGGAAAGGAGAAAAAGGUGCUUGAGCAGAAGAUGAAACGAAUUGCGAUAAAGGAUGAUGGGAUAAAUGAAGAAGGAGACAUGCAAGAGGAAGCAAAAGCUUAUCAGAAUUAUGAAGACACUAUUGUGCCUGCUAACAGGUCUUAUACAGUGGGAAUCAUUAAGCCAGACGUUGUUGCACAUGGGAAGACAGCUGAGAUUAUUAUGAAGAUUCAGGAUGCAGGCUUUGAGAUCGUGGCUCAUGAGGAGCGAACACUGAGCGAGUCGGAGGCUCAGAAGUUUUAUCAGCACAAAGCAGCAGAGCCAUACUUUCAGGAGCUGAUCCGCUUCAUGUCCAGUGGCCCCUCCCAUGUUCUGGUCAUUUCUAAUCCUGCGGGUACUGAUGAUGUCAUCUCAGCCUGGCAGGCACUGCUGGGACCAGCAGAUAUAGAAGAGGCCAAGAGAGAGCAUCCAGAGAGUCUCCGAGCUCAGUAUGGAACUGAGAAUCUCUUCAAUGCUCUUCAUGGCAGUCAUGAUAGUGAGGAAGCUGGUAGGGAGCUGGCCUUCUUCUUCCCCAACUUCGGACCUCCAGAACCGGAUCUGACGCCUGUAGAGAGGACGCUGGCACUCAUUCGGCCUGACGCAGCCAGAGAAAACAGAGAUGAGGUCCUUGCAAGGAUCCAUGAGGAAGGAUUUACAGUAACCAUGCAGAAGGAAAUAACGCUAACAGAGGAACAAGUUCGGCAGUUCUACAGUCAGCAACAAGAUGAGGAAAACUUCCAAGCCCUCCUCACCAACAUGACCAGUGGACCUGUGCUGGCUCUGGUCCUGGUGAAACAGGGGGCUGUGGAGCACUGGAGAAAUCUACUGGGACCCAAAGAUCUAAACCAAGCAAAACUGGAACAACCAGACUGCCUUCGAGCUCAGUUCACAGGGGAGAGCGAGUGUGUGAACCAGCUGCACGGAAGCAAGAGCAUGGAAGCGGCUGAGCAGGAGAUCAGCUUCUUUUUCCCUAUAGAGCACACACUGGCUGUUAUCAAACCUGACACUUCAGAGGAUCUCAGAGGAGAGAUCUUGGAGGAAAUCCGAGCUGCAGGAUUCACCAUCUCCCGGCAGAAGGAGAUGGUUUUGUCCUGGGAGAUGGCUAAGGAAUUCUACAAACAGCACAGUGAUAAGCCGUUCUUCGACCAGUUAGUGGACUACAUGUGUCGAGGUCCGUGUACAAUACUGAUUUUGUCUAAAGAGAAUGCAGUAGAGGAGUGGAGGAUGAUGAUGGGCCCAGCUGACCCCAGUAAGGCAAAAGAGACAGCACCAGGAUCACUGCGAGCUCGUGUUGCGAAGGACAUCCUGGAGAAUACUGUGCAUGGAUCAUCCAGCCUACAGCAUGCACAGGAGAAAAUACAGCUCGUCUUCGGGGAGAUCAACUCCGAGAGUCAAGUUAUCAGUACAGGAGAUGAUGAUAAGCCAAAUCCAUUAGAAGCAGAAGAAAGCUUCGCAGAGCUAAAGAACCUUCAGACAUCAAGGUCACCUUCAUUUAGUGAACUACAGAACCAGACUGAGCCAAAAAGUGAAGAAGAAGCCAGAGGUGAGCCUAUGAUCCCAGAAAACACAGAGAGCCAUUCAGCAUCUUCAGAAGAAACCAAGGAUUUACCCGAGCAGAAAGAAGAUGGUAAUACAGGGGAACAGAAUUCUACUUCAGAUAUUCAGGGACAGGAUUUGAACAGUGUGGAGGAGCCCUGAACAGACCACAGGCAGACCUUUCUACACUGUUUUACUCGUUUUUCAAAAUAUGUACUGUACUGUACAGUGGUGUUCAAAAUAAUAGCAGUGUGUUUAAAAAAGUGAGUAAAGCUCCAUAUCCAUAUAAUAACUUUUAAUUUAAAUUACAUAAAUGCAUUGGACACCCUGCACGUUCUAUUCUGAAUCACAACGUGAAGAAAAAUGUGCAAAAUGUAUUAUUAGUUUAAUGUAAAUAAAGAAAAACAAAUAUGUCUGUUAAAACAAAUAGCAGUGUCAUCACUCAUCUUUAUAAAGUGAUGAAUUUACCGUUUAAACAAAAUGCAAGUUUAAUCUUUUUUGUGCAUCUCUGAACUAAUAUUUAGUUGUAUAACCAUGCUUUCUGAGAACUGCUUCACAUCUGUGACAAUUGUACUACAUGCCACAAUUCCUCUGCGUUUCUUCGUUUUGCCUCAGAAACAGCAUUUUUAUUGUGAGGCCACAAGUUUUCUAUUGGAUUAAGGUCUGGGGAUUGGGCUGGCUACCCCAUAAUGUUAAUCUUGUUGGUCUGGAACGUUAAUCUGGUUGGUCAAUUUUGUUAUUCUUCGAUCCAUUCGAAUGGUAGUUUUCCGUUUUCUUCCACGUCUUUCUGGUUUUGGUCUCCAUUGUAAAGAUAAAAAAAAAAUAGAUAUAAUUUUAAGCAAAGCAGCCUAUCAUUUUCUGCACUUCUCUAAUCAACUUUUAAAUCAAAGUACGCUGUUCUUCUAAACAUUGUUUGGACAACCCAUUUUACUCUGAUUUUUAGAGAGAAAUGCACAGGACAACCUUUUCUGCAUUUAUCCUUAAAUAAGGGGAACUUGUUUGACACCUGUUUUUCACAGAAUAA